GCCAUCGUGUCGCAUUGCAUUGCAUCUCAAUGUUCUCACGGUAGCGAGCCGUUCUUAGUCGGAUUCUAUCUUCGUCUCAAAUACCCCCAUCAUACCGCCGCCAUGGAUAUGAGCAACAGCGAGGGCUUCAUCGAACCUUCUACCAGCCCAGGUGUAUUCUCCAAUGACGAAGUCGACUCCUUACCAUCAUCCGCCACAAGCUCCUCGGCAGACGAAGACGAGUACAUAUCAGAUGCAGACCGAGAAUGGAGAGAGUCGCUGCAGCAGCUGGAGCUGUUGCUAACCAUGGUCAUGGUUCCAUACCUGGGCAAAUACUUUGGCAGGAAAGCUGCGUAUUGGGGGUGGGCCAAGUUCAUGGAGUGGAAAUACCCCGUCGAAAUCGUCUUCUCCAGUCCAAAGACGUUCAAGCUGGCAGGAGCUGCUGAGGCGGCCGCAUCAUUGUGAGCGCCACGGCUUUACAUAUACUAUGCAUUCGAGCAAAGGCGUUGGUGGCGUUGGGAUUCACAGGACGCAGUCAAUGCAAACGGCACAUGUACAUAUUACCUUUCGCUACGAUACAAUGGAUGUUUCCAUCUAACAAGUCGAGGUCCACGCCCACCCUCUCACCCGAAAGUUUGACCGUUGAGGACUGUCCUAGCAUACGCAUCGUAAUGCCAGUGGUCACUCACCAACGUUAUCACCCGGUCCAUCGCACGAUCUCUAAGCAGACCUCCUCUCUCUGCAUGAAUCUCCUCCAUCUCUUCUCUCUUCUUGCUCUUUGGCUUUUUCUCUUUAAUGCGCAGUUUUUCAAAGUAGACGUAGGCGCCAUAGAAGAUGUCAGACAUGUUGCCUUCGUAUGCUCCAUGCUUGCUGCGGAAGGUGGAUAGUGAACGGGCGGCCAGCUUCUUUUCGGUUGUAUGGAAGGACGCCGAGGCAGCGCGGAGGAAGGAGGCUUGUGUCACGCCAGGCUUCUUGAGAUGCGCGUUGAUCUUCCUGCGAACAUCGUCGCAUGUGUCUUGACACGGUCAGCGCUAGCUUUCACUACUUUUAGAAUAUACCACAACUUACC